AUGACUUCUCUCUCCGAAAAGGGUCUCCUAGGUGAACAGCAGGCAACUUAUACACCAACCCAACCUAAACGCUGUAUUCGACAUCGUGUGGUAGAAAAGAUGCCUUCGCCCCGCCACUUCUUCCUUACUCUAUUCCUAGGCCUGCUUGUCACGGCCGGCUUAGCCAGUGCCGUCUUGCACCAAAAGCCUUCCGGCGAGGAUAAGGUCGAAAGCGAGACUGAGCAUGUUGUUCUCCGUGACGAUUCGACUUUCUCGCGAUUGCUGAGCUCAACUUCUCCCCGUGCUAUCCACGAGUUUCUCCAUGCUUACUUUCCUGGUACCUACAAGCAUGGCGUCUAUGACUCUGACCACUCGGCCAUGGAGGCAAUUCACGCGAGUGACCCGGAAUUAGCAACAUCUAUCGUUCAGCUCGCGAAGAGACAGUCUGGAAAUGAGACGAUUACCACGACUGCUACAUCUGUGGAGUCUAGCUCUGCAGCCCCUACGAGUGAAAGUGAAAGCACCACAGCGGAAGAACAAACCUCUACUUCCACCUCUGUAGAUACGCCUACGGCGACGACUUCGGAUUCGACUACGGAGUCAAGCUCGGAUGUGCCAACGAGUACUACGUCUGACGUGCCUAUCACAACAACAACAACAACAUCAACUACCGACGAGCCAACAACGGCAUCAUCAGCUACCUCGGAGUCUUCUUCUGAGACGACGAGCACUCCUGAUACGACCUUGACAACAACAACAAGCGCAUCUACUCCUAGCACUACAAGGCCACCUAGAACAUCUACGUUCACAUCGACGCUUCCUGGAGGCGCUAAGGCAUGUCUUACUCACCUAUCCUACUUCUACCUUCACCUUUGA